UGAACCACCGCGCCCACCGCCGUCGCCUCGCCUCCCGAAGUUGUCUAAAAGCUCCGGCGAGCAACGCUGCAUCUCCUCACCGAUGAACACGAGCUCGGGAGCACCACAGCGAGCCUUUGAGCUCGUCACCGCCGCCUCUGUUCGCCGAUCGCCGGCGUCGAUUCGCCACCGUCAACGCUUCCUCGUGCUCGCCAACGACGCCGUCGGAUGCGCCGUGAGCCCCUCUCCGUUUUCCUCCUGUUCACCUUCUCCUGCUCGAGCCCUAGCUAGCUAUUCCGCCAUGGCCGAGAUCUCGCUGCCGCCGCCGCGUAGCUCGCCAUCGCUAACCAUCCCUGCUGCUCAAACCGAGCGCGAAGCCGAACUCUUGAAGCUCCCAGGAGGCCUCUGAGCCCAUAAGGCCUUCCAGCGCUUCGUAGCACUGGUGCCGUUGAAGCCAUAGCGCGUCGCCGCACGAGGUCGUCGCCGUCCUUGUUCCCAGCCAUCCCUCGACACACCACCGGGUCCAGUGGAUGCGCGCGGGCAUGGGCUUUCCCCUAGUACCUCCAGCACAUCCAGCCGUCUCGAUGGUACUCCGCCACGCGGGAUGGUCGCCGGCGGCUAACCCCGGCCUGACGUGUCCCUGUUUAAUUAGUCGCUAACGAGUCCGUUAACUAGCCACUGAGGCGCUGACUAGUGGGACCCCCAGCUAAUUAGGUUAGUUAAACUCCCUGUUUAUGGUUAGUAGUUUAAUUCCCGUCUGCAAAUCAAUUCUCUCAUUAGCUUUGACUGCUUCAAGCAGGCUAGGAACUCAAAAAGAAAAUUUCCUUGCAACUGAGGUGCUGAUGGCUGCACAGAAUCUGGAAGCUCGGUUGUGGAUUGUGAUGGAAGGGAAGCAAGAAACUGUCAAUAAACACAAGAAUUGUGAGGCGUCCAAGCUUUGUUUUUGUUACCUACUUUACACGAACAGGGAAAUAGGUGUGCCUUUUAUAAGGGCGUUGAAACUGUUGGAUGAAUUACAAAUUCCAUGGACAUCUUCAGAAAUGACGUUAGCCUGAAAUGCAACCAUGGGCGCUAGCCUGAAAUGGCAGUGCUUGUUUAGUUUAGUACAGGUACAAAGAUGAAGUACAGUGGUAGAUAGAGAUGAAGCCAUCAGAUUCAGAAGAGGUAAGAAGCACUGGAAAUCAGAAGCACAAACUCUGAUGUGCAGGCACACCAUCAGAUCCAAUAGAUUCAGAAUGAGUACUACACGUUAUAUACGAUGAACAUUGCACUUGGCGCGAUUAUGAUAAAAAGGGGAGAUUUGACGAAAAGCAACAGCCUUGGUUUCUUUUCCAAUUAAUUAAGAGAAGAGUAAGAACUACACUGGACGAAUCAGCUUCUUUAGAACUACACUAGACAAUCAGGCAAGAACUAUUCGAAUUGGCUGACAUUGUCUGUUUUCAGUUAACGUCCUGGUUACUAGUAUUAAUCUGGAUAAAGAAAACGCGUGCCUCAGUUAUCAACCUGCUAAGAGCGUCUCCAACAGAUGCCGCGCAGGCGCUAAAAACCUUUACAGUGUCGAAAUAGUGUUUUCACGUGCGGGGAAAGUAGUUUGCUUUUCCAGGCGCUGCAAAUUUUAGUGUGUCGAUGUAGCGCCAGCAGGCACUGCAAAAUCCAGCGCGCGCGACCAGUCGGUGCUUUUUAAAAAAAAUUGGAACAACACAUACAAAAAAAUACGAAACAACACAUAGUUCAAAUUUAUAGCAUAUAAAAACAUCACAUAAUUCAAGUCCCAAACCACAAGAUAGUUCAUACGAUGCAAAUAAAACUAGAUAAAAUGAUGCAAAUAAACUAGAUAAAACUACUCCCCCUCAUCCUUCUCGGUGGUGUAGUUCAACGGCGUAAACGCGUCGGUCCACCGAGGAUCUUCCUCGUCCCAGGUCGACGCACACUAGUAGAAACAGGGCAUUGGUCCUGGCCAGAUCAGAGCAUUACUCCCGGUUGUAUUACGAACCGGAACUAAUGGGAGCAUCAGUCCCGGUUCGAGCAGCUAGGACGCCGGCCGGACCUCGGCAGGCAUCAGUCCCGGUUCAACUGGGACCUUUAGUCCCGGUUCCAGACACCAACCGGCACUAAAGUUUUGCCUAUAUAUAUCCACGCCCCCCAUCUCCUCUGUUUUUUGGCCGUGGAAGGGGCGGAGGUGUGGGCUACUCUAUUUGUUGCCUAUAUAUGCACAUGAGGUGUUCGAUGAAAUGCCCGAGCCACACUUAAGCUUUCUCCUCUCCAAGCUCCAUUUUCCCCAAGAUUUGUCUAGGUUUGACGGUGCACCAACUAUCCAAGUGUUCUAAAAGGUUAGCAACUUCAUCCUUUCAUCUUUCAUUGCUAGUUUAGCUCACUGAGGUUGAAUCCAGUUUACAUAGAGAGUUUCUGUAUUCUGUUCAUACCUCUGUGACAUGAUACAGUAAUUUGGGUUCUAUGCUCAGUAUUUCUGUAUUCUGUUCAUAUGCUUUGAAGGUGUAGCUAUUGGAUUUUAUUUACAUGCUAUUGUUGUCUUGAUUUUGACGGCAGCUAUAUCUUGGUUGUCAUUUAGUUCAGCUAUUUAAACCAGGGUGCCGAUGCAAGCAAAUUCUUAGUCUUGUAGAGUGUUUGGAUGCAAGAUUGGAUGUAGGUGUCAUAUCAAGCUAUGUGCACAAUUUCUGUGAACUGAAGUUAUUGGUGAAUGGUGGCCAUACUCCCACUCCUGGAUACCAAGUUAAGGAUGUCAUUGCUCAAUUCAUAGGAUUGGUUCAUUACCUUGGAAUUAAAGAGGAACUUUAUGUGGCAUGUUCCUCGGGCACUACAGGUUUACCGGGCUAAGAAUGAGCUUACUAGAAUCGACAAUGUGAGUUAUAUCAAAGCUAAUCUUGCUUGAUUUAUUAAGUAGGUCUAUCCUGUAGCUACCACUGCUUCUCUCUGCUUGCUCCACAAUUGCUAUUUUCUGUCUGCAUUCUAAAAAAAGACCACUUCUUUAUGUUGAUAAAGAUUCUGUUGCAAGUAUCAAGGAAAUUUGAUGUUGCGCAAAAAGAGGUUCCUCCAAAAUCAGACCGUUUUAGGGGAUGGUCUGCUCCAUGUUUGGGAGUUCAAUGGUCAGGGUUUUUUUUGCGGGGAAUGGUUAGGGUGUUUGGGAGUUCAAUGGUUAGGGUUUCCCCCCAUGAUUUUCCAGUAUAUUUAUCCGUAGUUAGUCUUGACUUCUCUGAGAUAGUAAUAAUAAUGUAGUGUUUCUGUGAAAAAUAAUUGUACUUCUAGAUGAAGUACAUAGUGUGAAUCCACCAGAAAUUCUCCCAUGGGAUGGCGGUUUGGAAUCUAUACAUUUUACCACAAUAUGCACAAGGAACUGCCCAGAGAAUAAUAUUGCAAAUGAUUUAUUGUGCUCUCUGCACUUAAAUUCUUACUCCGUCCAUCCGGGUAUAUUUUAGGUGCUAGCUCAUAUGCACAACUGCAUGGUUUCUCCAUUGUAAAGAAGGGCUUACUACUCCGCUCGCAGCCCAUUUGUUAAUUGUUGAGUGCUACAAUUUCUGUAUCUUUUCGGUUAUUCGCAUUUGUUUGUAUUACAAUGCCCUCACUUCAGUCAAUAUUCGACAUGAUCAAUUGAUCAUCAUCAUCUCUGACCCCAGGGUACGUGGGGAUGUAUCAAUCAACACCUUUCAGUAGUUAUUAACAAACCGCAUGAAUCACUGACUCCAUCUGGACAUGAUCUUAGCCAAGGACCAGUGAGCCUUCUGUAGAUUUGCAAAAACAAGUGUUUGUUGUUAGAGUUAUAAUAUACAAGUCAUGUACCCCUUUGUAUUUAUCCCGUUGUAUAAGGGGUUUCCUGCAUAUGUUCCACACCUGUACAUAUAUAUAUAUAUCGGCCUAUGGCCUCAUGGGAAUACAAGUUGCAUAUUCCUAACAUGGUAUUAGAGCCUUAGGUUUUUCAUAGCACGCGCAACUCGUGUUCUCGAUCCAAUAUACCGUCCACGCAGCCGCCGCCCUUCUUCUCUUGACCUCCGCUGCUCUCUGCAGGUCAACCAUGCUCUUGCGCCGUCGUUGUCCUGCCUCAAGCAAUUCAGCACGAGCGAUCCCGUCAGCACCUCCCGUCCGUCUCCCGCAGAUUCGUCCGGCCGCCAGCAGUUCAGUCGCCCGAGUCCUCCCGUCCCCUCCGAGCUGCCGCUCUACUGCACUUGCCAAGCUCGCUUGCCGCUCAUCCGCCAGGCUCACCUGCGGCUCAAUCCAUCUGCCGCUCGAUCCAUCUGUGUGGAGCCGUGGGUGUGUUUCAUCCGCCUCGUGGUGCUGGACUACUUCUGCUAGUCUGCUUGUGCGCUAGCUGUUUGGUCUUUCGUCUGCUUUCUGUUGCUCAGUAAAAAAAGAGAAAAAAGAGAAAAAUGUCUGCUGCAUCGGGCUAUGUUGAUGUCCCUCGCUGUCCGGUGAUCUUUGAUGGUACUAACUACACCGAGUUCACUGGCUUUAUGCGCAUUCACAUGCGUGGCAUCCGUCUCUGGGGUGUUCUUUCUGGCGAGGUCUGCUGUCUGCCACGUCCAGUUCCUCCGGUGGCCUCUACUCCGCCGACUCCACUGGUUCUUCCUACGGAUGCUAAUCAGGCCGCCAAGAAUGCGGCUAAGCUUGCUGAUGAGGCUGCUGAUCGUGCGUAUGAUGAGAGGGUUUUGGCUUAUGAGGAGGCUCUUCAGACUUAUCAUGGUGCUCUGUCUGUUUACACCCAGUGGCUUGAUGAUGAUGCUCAUGCUGCAGCUAUUCUCACUGCUAGUGUUCUGCCUCAGUUUGCUUCUGAGUUUCUGGGUCUUCCUACUGCCUUUGAGAUGUGGACCUGUCUUCGUCAGCGCUACGAGCCCUCUGGUGAUGCCUUAUACCUUUCUGUGGUCCGUCAGGAGCAUGCUCUUCAACAGGGUGACUCUACUGUUGAUGACUUCUAUGCACAGAGUUAUGCUAUCUGGCGCCAGCUUGAUUCUCUCCGCAGUGCUGGUUGUUGUACUUGCCCCUGUUGCCAGGCUGUCAAGGCCAAUUUGGAGUUUCAUCGCGUCUACGAGUUCCUGUCUCAGCUCCGUAAGGAGUUUGAGCCCCGGCGUGCUCAGUUGUUUGCUCGUGGCCGUAUUUAUCUCAUGUAGGCCCUUUCUGAGAUUCGUGCUGAGGAGACUCGCUUACGUGGUGCUGGUUUGCUGGAGGUUCCCUCUGUGCUUGCUACUCGGGCUCCUUCUACGCCACCUGCUGCACCGACCCCUUCUCGCUCGAGUGCUCCGCCGCUCUUGCCCACUCCUUCUGGAGGCUCAGGUCGCCCCCGUCCACAUUGCGACUAUUGCAACAAUGAUGGUCAUAUUGAGUCCCAGUGCUACACAAAGAAGAAACACCUGCGCAAGGCACGAUCAUCAUCUUCAGGGACUUCGUCAUCUACCUCGACAGCUUCAGCCAUUGCUUUGACUGAGCAGGAUAUUUUGAGACUUAAGCGUCUGCUCGGGGCUUCAGGUUCUUCCUCGACGGGUACUGCUGGUUCUGUGACUGAUGCUUCCCGCACUGAGCAACCACCCUCUACACAGUCAAGUACAUCCCCAUGGGUUCUGGACUCUGGAGCUUCUUUUCAUAUGUCUUCUCAUUCUUCCACUUUGUCCUCUCUUCUAUCGCUGGAUUCUCCUGUUCAUGUCCUCACUGCUGAUGGUACUCCACUUUCUGUCGUUAGUAGAGGCAAUCUUACCACUCCUUACUCUGUUCCUGAUGUUGCUCAUGUUCCUCGACUUACCAUGAAUCUGUUUUCUGCUGGUCAACUUACUGAUUCUGGUUGUCGCGUCAUCCUUGACGUUGACUCUUGUUCUGUCCAGAACCGUCGCACGCACACUCUGGUUGGGGCUGGCCCUCGCCGCCGUGAUUCUCAGGGUCUUUGGGAGUUGGACUGGCUUCAUGUUCCUUCUGCUGCCACCACUAUCACCAGUUCCUCCGCUUUAGUCGCCUCCGUUACUGGUUCCUUCAAGCAGUGGCAUCAUCGACUUGGUCAUCUGUGUGGUUCUCGGUUGUCGUCUUUAGUUCGUUGAGGUCUUCUGGGGUUUGUCUCAGGAGAUGUCUCUUUAGAGUGUCAGGGUUGUCGUCUUGGCAAGCAGAUUCAGUUACCAUAUUCACAUAGUGAGUCAGUGUCUAAGCGUCCUU